AUGGUCAGCCACCCCAAGGCCAAUACGGUCAACAACAGCCUCCCCAAUCAGGUGUGCUAUACGACCCGUUGGCGUCCUGCUGGAGUGUCGGCGACUGGCUCGCACCACACCCGAGGGGCGAGCUCUUAAUGAUGACGUCUGACUCUUGCUCUCCCCCUUCUUCAUGUUGAAAAUUUUCCAUCAUUAGGCUACGGACAACCUCAGGGGCAGUAUGGUCAGCAGCAGCAUCAUGGACAACCCCCUCAACAAGGUGGGUUUGCAUCCGAGAAGGAAAGGACGCCAUGAGCAGUCAGAAUAGGCGCUAACCAGACCUCCCCGUUGCUUUGCGACUCUUCAGCUUAUGGCCAGCCGCCGCAGCAAGCCUAUGGCGCACCCCAAGCUGGUGCAUACGGUGGAGGUGCAGAUCAGCAACAGCUUCAGCAGUGGUUCGUGGUUGAUUUGCGAGUCAAGGCGCGGCGCCCGCCUUGCUGAUGCCAGUCUCGUUCAAUUCUCCCUCAGGUUCAACUCGGUUGAUCUCGAUCGAUCCGGUGCCAUCACCCAUAUCGAGCUCAAGCAGGCUCUAAUGAACGGCGACUUCACGCCCUUUUCGGACGAGACUGUACGUCAUGCCAACGGCGCGAGGAUAUGCCGAUCCACAUCCGGCUGAUAUAUCGUGCUUGCUGCCCCUCGCAGAUCAAGAUGCUCUUGAACAUGUUUGACAACGACCGCUCGGGAACGAUUGGGUGCGUUGGCAAUGUUUCAGGACAUAGCCUUACUCGAGGCUUAGGCUAAUAACUCCAUUUUUUUUAGAUUCAACGAAUUCGCCGGCCUCUGGAACUACAUCAAGGAAUGGCAGAACGUGUUCCGCACUUUUGAUCGAGACAGGAGUGGUGAGUGCCUGGCGGCCCCCGAGAGAGACAAGUAGUCUCGUCGAAUCUUACCAUGCCUGACCACCAUCAUUACAUCACCAUGAAGGUACAAUUGAGUCGUACGAACUCGCCAACGCGCUCAACUCGUUCGGCUUCGCCCUCAACCCGCGCACCGUCGACCUCCUACAAAAGAAAUUCAACCCUCCACCGGUCAUGAAGUUCCCCGGAAGCGGUGCACCGCAGCAGCAUCCUGGUCCACCCGGUAUCACGUUCGACGCCUUCGUCAGGUGUUGUGUUACUGUGAGGCAGUUGUCGGAGGCGUUCCAGAGGGCCGAUACGCAGCGCAGUGGAUUUGUGACGAUGGGGAGGGAGCAGUUCUUGGACAUGGUAAGCCAGGAGACGGUCAAGGGCGAUAUGUUCCACUGCCGACGGUCACUCAUGACAGAUCAUUUCUCAUCGAACAGGUGCUGCAAGCCCCAUAAGGUCCGAGUCUUUUCUGUGGACGGCGGGUCUGGAAAGUACUUUCUCGUUGUGCGGCUUAACAAGUAA